AUGGAAGACCAAAUUCAAAAUACCAAUCUAUACCUAACGACAGAAGGCGAGAACAUGGAUCCUCAACACCAGACACCAGCGGUAGCAACCUCAGCACGCGACACAGUGCCAAACGGUACAUCAGAGGCGGAGAUCGCAACCCAACACGUGGGGGUCAUCAAACAAGAGAAAGCUAUCGCGUCCACAGAUGAUGACAAUGAAUGCCCUAUCUGCUGCGAACCGAUCGAAAAGAAAGCCAAAGUCAUGAAUUGCAAGCACGAAUUCUGCCACGAUUGUAUCGAAACCUGGCUUGACAUGUCGCCAAAAAGCGAACAAGGAGGUAUCGCAACAUGUCCUAACUGCAGGGGAAAGAUUGUAAAUAUCGCCUACAACUUUGAUAACGAAGGAAAUUUCGCGACUACAUUCAAUGCGGCAAAAGUAUGGACCUUCUCUGCUAGCAAUCUUCCAAACAAUUACCGACACUUCAAACACGACGGCAAGAUCUUCUCCAUCCAUGACGUAUCUCAGAUCAAGAUCAUGCAAACGGGUGGAAAGACGAUAUUCGCAUACUUGAGGGAUCUCAAUAUCUGCUCCGGGCACGUCAAUCAAAACCUCACUUCGUAUCGCGAUACCGAGGCAGAUCCAGAGAACACAUCGACAUUUCUGGAUGUCGUAAACAACUUCCAAAAAUACCAUUCACCCGAUGGCAGAACAGUUGGGAAAGUGUCAUCAGCACGUUAUUCGACGCACCCAAUCUCACGCGGCGUACUUGAUGAAAGAGCGGUUUUUGAGGAGGGCAAGAUAAAGUGUGGUGUCAAGACAUGGUGCACACUUCAUUGGGAGGACCCAGAUGCAUCUCCGCAUACCAUAGCUGGAGGUACCAUCCCGGCAGCGAAGCCAGAGGUUUUCCCAAGAAGUUAUGAGCCGAUACCUCCUACUUUGAGAGAUGAAGUACGUCGCAUAUUGGGUGAUAAGUUAUUGUUGGAUUUUGACAGCACUAUUUCAAACAUGGUGUCUAG